AUGGGGCGGAUUCCCUGCAUUCUUCGACUCGUUCGACGGUUCUCUGACGGCUCUUGCCCCUACAUUCCCACAAGUAACCCAAACCACAUGAACCUGCAAAUCUUUCUUACUGCUACACGAAGACGGAGUACGAUGCAACCAGAAGCAAUCCGUAUCAGCACCGCCUGCUAUAGAUGCUACAAGCGCAAAGUAAAAUGUUCCCGAGGUAAAUCCCGCGACUCCACCUCCUCCCCCGCCUCCGCUGACAUUCGUUACCCUGUGCGCGACCGCAAUAUCACCAUCUCAGAGGGUUAUCUCCGCAGCCUUGAAGCGCGAGCCGCGCACGCUGGAGCCGUCGAGCGUCCCCAUCCGGCCUUGACGCCUGUUGAGGGAGGUCUCGAGUUGCGGGCGGAGAUUCCUGCUCAAAGUGUUGGUGGGCAUUUGUCGGAUCCCUUAGUGGAGGAUCCCACGUCGGAGGUAUUCGUCUCGGGACUUAAGCGGUUGCGUUCGCCUACAUCGCUACUUAAUGGAAAUGAUUUCCCCAAUCCUGUUGGUGUUGCAUCGAGCGCGGCUGUUGAGGGACUGCAAGCGCAGCGACAGGAGUAUGAGUAUUAUCAGUUGGAUCACGAUACCUCGAGCACUCCGUGUUCGUUCAAACUACCGCCGUAUCCUUACGCCCUCAUCCUCCUAGACCGAUUCUCCGUCUUCGUCGGCCAUGAUUGGCACUGGUUCCGGAAACGGACGUUUAGGAGGAGGCUGGAUCUCACAUACAAGGACCCCAGGGCUAAGGAACUAAAGGACAGGACCUGGCUCUGUCGGCUGCUCAUUGUGUUCGCACUGGGAGAGUCGUACAAUUCCGAGUCGGCUCCGGAGGUCCGCCUUUUAGGCGAUGAAGAUGACGCGCGCGAUGCGCUGGUAGAUGCCAAAGAGGGAGUCGUGUCAGGCAUAGAGUUCUUUGAACAGGCUUUAACCUUGUUGCAAGUCCGCUUCGAAGACCCGUCCAUCGAUCAGAUUGAGGCUCUCAAUCUUGCUGCCUUCUAUUCCUACAGUCUAAACCGCAAAAAAGCCGCAUACAUGUACGCCGGCCUAAGCUUCCGAAUGGCCAAUAUACUCAAACUCCACAAACCAUCCCCAUCCUCAGUCCCAGCACUCGAGGCAGAACACCGCAAGCGAGUCUGGUGGACAACAUACUGCAUCGACCGAAUGACAAGCACGGAAAUGGGUCUCCCUCCUGCCCUGCAAGUCCACCAAAUCGAACAGUCAUACCCCGACGACUCGAUGCUUCUCCCCGCAGACCGCGGAGAAUUCUAUGACGCCGAGACCCACGCGACGCAGGUUCAACUCGCGUUCAUACACGCUGAUAUCUGCGAGAAUAUGAAGAGUAUACGGAAAGAUAAUACAAAUGUCGGGGAUCUUACGCGUCCGAUAUUGCAGAGGUUGGAGGAAGUACGCGCCCGCUUACCGCCGCAUAUGUCGUUUAAUGUGGAGAAUGGGAUGCCGCCGGCGAUGAAACAGAUGGCGGAUCGGUCGCUGGCUUCGCUCUAUCAGCGGUAUCACCAGCAGAUCAGUCACCUCCUCGCGGGCGAUACGCUCAAGGCCUACCAAGAAGACCUCAAAUACCUCACCAACACCUGCCUCCGCGCCGGAAGAACAAAUCUCAAAAUCAUCAUUGAUCUCCGAACCCGCUUCGGCUUCUGGGAAAGCCUCCACCUCUUCUCUGGCCUAAUGAUCCUCUCCCUGGCGAUGUCUGUCAACUCGCGAUGGCCCGACAGUUUCGACGAAAAAGCCGAUGAUCAAAACACGUACGAGGUUGCAAAAGGACUUCUCAAUGAGAUGAUUCAUGCAGGAAAUCUCGCGUCAAAGGGCCAUGGCCAGAUGCUGGCCGAGGUGGAAGCAUCCCAAAGUGGGCUUUUUGGAGCCCAGUUUGGCGGCUUUGAUUUGCAGGCUUGGGAUAUGGAUGAGUGGGUCAAUCAGUUGCUAGCCUCGUAG